AUGGCGACAUUUGUGACCAACCGAAGAGAUUCAAACAUGGCGCCCGGUGAGUUUCACGCUGUUCUCUCAUCGGCUCCGCUGCAGGUGCUCUUCUACCUGAACAGCUGGUACUUUGCAGCCUUCUACCUGGCAGAGGUCCUCAUUUUCAUCUAUAAAGGGAUUUUACUGCCGUACCCAUCAGAUAAUCUGGUUCUGGACGUGGUUCUACUGCUGCUCUUCCUGGCUCUGGAGACCCUGAGGAUCUUUUAUGGCUGGAAGGGGAACCUGUGCGAGCGCUCUCUGUCGUCCUUCUUGUCCCUCUUCAUCCUGUUUCCCUGCGCAGCGCUGGCUGUUUACUACCUGCUGCUGCAGACCUUCGUCCUGCGGCUCGAGGUCCUCCUCAGCGCCGUCCUGCUCUGCUUCUACGGCCUGGAGUUUCUGCUCGGAGUCAUCUCCAUAUCUGCCUUCUCCAGGUCUCGAGUUUACUGAGGAACCAGUCACCUGACACACAUCACAGCACACAUUAGCAGCUUUCAGGAAACAAAUGCCACCAUUUUA